UUGUUGCAAUCGGCAGCAUCGGGGAAAUCUUUUUUAAAAUUUGCUCUUUAAAAUAAUUAUCUCAAGCUCAAGCGUGGUAUUGAAAGUUCAUGUGCUUUAUUAUAUAGUUCACUGCUCAUUGGUUUAUAUAAUGAAGAAUGAAGAUCUACAAGAUCAAACUAAAAGGUUGCGGUUCAAGCCUGUAACCAAUGUUCAGCACUUUUCCGAGUCAAACUUUGAUUCAAAAAGCAAAGAAAUGAAGAGCAAGGAGGGGGAAAAAUCUGCAUCGCUUUUCGCCUUUUUACAUGUGGAGCUCACUCGCGGUUACCUAUUAGAACACGAUGAGGAGAGGUUUUCGGCUAGACGAGAGAAAGUGUAUUCUUUUAUUAAAAUCCCACAGGAAUUAGAAAAGUUCAUGGCAUAUGGUUUCUUUCAAUGUGCUGACUCUUUGUUAUUUGUUUACACUUUUCUGCCACUAAGAUUUAUGAUGGCAUUUUGGUCAUUUUUUAACAGAUUAUUUAGAAAAUGCUUUGGGUUUUAUUCUAACUCACGGAAAAACAUAUUAAAGCCAGCAGAGACAUGUGACGCCUUGAAAGGUUUUAUACUACUAGUGUGCAGUAUUCUCAUGUGCUAUAUUGAUACCAAUAUGAUGUAUCAUUUAGUCAAAAGUCAGAGUGUGAUGAAGCUAUAUAUUUUCUAUAACAUGCUGGAGGUUGGAGACAGACUGUUUUCUGCUUUUGGUCAGGAUACCAUUGAUGCUCUCUUUUGGACAGCGACAGAACCUCGAGACAGAAGAAGAGAGCACUUGGGCUUAAUACCCCAUUUGUUGUUUGCAAUGACUUAUGUCUUUCUUCACAGCUUACUGGUGUUGUUUCAAGCAACAACAUUGAAUGUGGCAUUUAAUUCAAAUAAUAAGAGUCUGUUGAUUAUCAUGAUGUCUAACAAUUUUGUUGAAUUGAAAGGCAGUGUAUUCAAGAAAUUUGACAAGAACAACUUAUUCCAAGUAUCGUGCAGUGAUGUAAGGGAACGGCUGCAUUUGUCAGUCUUACUCUUCAUAGUGGUGCUGCAGACUAUGAAGGAGUACAUGUGGCGGGAAGAACGGUUCUGGAUCCUAGCCCCAGACUGUGUGCUUGUUCUAGCUUUUGAAGUCAUCAUAGACUGGGUGAAACAUGCUUUUAUUACAAGGUUUAAUGAAAUACCGUACGGCGUAUAUAGAGAGUAUACCGUAAGCUUGGCGUACGACGUCGCUCAGACGCGGCAAAAGUAUGCCUUCAGUGAUCACUCUGAUCUAGUGGCAAGAAGAAUGGGAUUCAUUCCUUUGCCAUUAGGAGUAGUCAUCACUAGAGUCUUAGUUCAUGCUGUCAAAGUGGAUGGGUUUGCAGCAAUUUUCCUUAUAUUCAUAGCAUAUUUGUGCCUAUUGACUAUAAGAGUUCUUGUAUCCAUCGUGAUACUUGGUAAAGCAUGUGAUUUGAUAACACAGCACCAGACAGAGAAAAAUGAGAGUCACCACACUACACCUAAAAAAGAACAAAAAGAAAUAACGAAAGAAAUAAACAAUGCCCACAAAACACCGGACACAGAAGCAGCUCCAAUCAAAAAGCCAGUUCAACUAAAGUUCCUCAUACCAGAAGAUGUUGUUUUGAGUGAACCACUAGUGGACGCGUCGGUGGGUGCCGCCGCGAUUUUCUCAAACAGCGCCAUCGACCUCAAUGGCGUGUGCUACCUCAACGACAAGAUGACGGCGCAAGUCAAGCAGGAGAGCGGUGACUACGUGGAACCCGAACUGGUGGACGUCAGUCGAAGCGCGCCCGACAUAAAGGCCGCCGCUGCCGCCGCGCCACCAGAAACCGUGGAGCGCCCCAACUCACCCGACUCCGAAGGACUCAAAAGGCGCUCCGAGUCCGAACCCAACUUAGUCAAAGUCGAGGAGCACUACGAGGAGGCUACCUAACACAUCCUAUGCUGUACGCUCCUUAUUAUUUAUUAUCUUUUUUACACCCUCUAGUCUGAUUGACACUAUGAGUGCUAUCUGAGAUUUGUGGAUAAUGUCUCUCUGUAUAAUAUGGAUGUGUGACGCGAUU